AUGGGGAAACAGAAUAGCAAGCUGGCCCCUGAGGUGAUGGAGGAUCUGGUGAAGAGCACGGAGUUCAAUGAACAUGAGCUAAAACAGUGGUACAAGGGAUUUCUAAAGGACUGUCCAAGUGGUAGACUGAACCUUGAAGAGUUUCAGCAGCUCUACGUAAAAUUCUUUCCAUAUGGAGAUGCUUCAAAGUUUGCCCAGCACGCCUUCCGAACCUUUGAUAAAAACGGAGAUGGGACCAUCGACUUCAGAGAGUUCAUUUGUGCGCUGUCCAUCACCUCACGAGGCAGUUUUGAGCAAAAGCUGAACUGGGCCUUCAACAUGUAUGACCUGGAUGGUGAUGGUAAAAUUACAAGAGUGGAAAUGCUGGAAAUUAUAGAGGUGAGAUCAAUAUGA